GCCUGCGCGCUGAGUUCCUUGGAAGGUCAAUCGACGAGUUUGGCUAGUAGAUUAAGCACGAGGCAGAAAGGCUGGAGGCUCGUCGUCGGCGCAGGAUCGCCCUUUCGCAUCAGCACACUUCGAGCAGCGGCCACAGAACGCAAUGGGUGAAAACUCCAACAACAACACGCAGAGCAUUGCUGACUACCUCGCGCAGCUGCUGAAGGACAAGAAACAACUGGCAGCUUUUCCCAACGUUUUCAUCCACUUGGAGAGGCUGCUGGACGAAGAGAUCAGCAAGGUCCGGUCAUCUCUGUUCCAAAUCAAUGGCAUGAAAAAAGAGCCCUUGGUGCUUCCUGAUGGGAUAGGACCGCCAGUUAGUCGGUCUGAAAAAGUGUAUGUGCCUGUCAAGGAGCACCCUGAUUACAAUUUUGUAGGGAGAAUCUUGGGUCCUCGGGGUAUGACGGCAAAGCAGCUUGAGCAAGAGACUGGCUGCAAGAUAAUGGUUCGGGGCAAAGGUUCCAUGCGGGACAAGAAAAAGGAGGACAUGAACAGGGGCAAGCCAAACUGGGAGCACCUCAACGACGAUCUUCAUGUGCUCAUCACUUGCGAGGACUCCAGCAACAGGGCAGAGGUCAAACUGCAGAAGGCAGUGGAUGAAGUUCGCAAACUACUUGUACCAGUUACUGAAGGUGAGGACGAGUUGAAGAAGAGGCAGCUCAUGGAACUUGCCAUCAUAAACGGCACGUACAGGGACAGCAGCACCAAAGGAGUCGGUCUCGUUUUUGAGAACAGCCCCUUUGCUAAAGCCUCAUUCACUCUUGCAGCGCCCACAGCCAUGGGAUUGGCCUUGUCUGCUGCUGAUGCACAGCGAUUGAUGGCAGGCGGCCCUCCGCCGCCAGUGGCAUUGGCUUCUCCAAUGCGCGCCCAGUCUACACCACUCGGAGCGCCCCUGAUAUUAUCCCCCCGUGGUCUGCCUGUGGGUCCCCCUAGCGCCCUGCUGAAUGGCUCUGGCCCACCACCGCCUCUCAUAGCCCCGACAGAAGCGGGCCUACUUUACGCAGCAUAUCCUGACUAUCAUCAGUAUGCAGCGCUCACGUCCCCUCUGCUCGCCGAGUAUGCUCCUGACCACUCCCCAGCCGGUGCUGCAGCAAAACAACGCCGUCAUUUGGCAAUUCGCGAACACCCCUACCAGCGGAUUGGGUCCCUAUAAUGAGGGCCUAACCCCAAGACUCCAUCCACCACAAUCUUCCGUCCGCCAAACGAAGACCACUAACCCCCCACCCACUGACACCCCUUGGAAAAGCUCGGCUGUGCUCGGACUAACGGCGGCUGCGGUGGUAAACCGACGUCCGACUACCUUCUGUUGAUGGCGCUUCUUGGCACGUUGUUUGUUUUCUCUUGUAUUUUUUUUUACCCCUUCUGCCAGUUUGUUGGCUUUGUUCUGACCAUAAUCUGACCAGUGGUGUAACCAGCCUUUCAGGUGCAAUUGUGCUGCCAAGGGCUGGCACCCACGUGCACAAACGUGACGUGAUGACCCCUACUCAGCACGUGAUUAUGCACACACAAAUGCACUGGCAGCUUCGCGUGUGUAGUGGAACACGUUUAAUCUUGCUAGCUUGGCAAGGUUUGGUCACUAAUAGUGUGCAGAAGCGUGCACACCUGAAGGCUGAAUUUUUUUUAAAGAAAUUUUCAUCGGCAUGGCUUCAAGCAUUUUAACUUGCAGUUGCAGGUGCACCUGUUUCUGUUGGCUGAAUAAGCUAUAUUUCGCACAUGUGAAUUCGAAUGCACACUGUGUAUACCCAACCCCUAUUUGUACAAAGCAGGCUGAAGCUUAACAGCACAAAUUUGUAUAAUGCCCAAGUAAGGGUUGUGUGGCUCUUAAUCGAAGUACAGUAGUACCUCUCUCUGUUCUCGUGCUCCAAAAUGAGGUGCAGUGAACUGAUGGUGUAACAGCCAGAAAAUGAACAAAAAAGUAAGGGUGGCAAUGGGGCAGUGGUCAAAUUUUUUUAACAAGUCUGCAUCAAACCACCCAUGUGGAGCAGUUCAUUUUUGAAGCAUACCUGAAUAGACAGUUACUAAACUGUCAUAUGUUUUGGUCUGGGUAGCUGGCCUACACACCACAAUACUCUUUGCACCUUUUCUUGUGAUGAGUGAUGCACCAUGUUGCUUCUGGGCGUUACAUUGGCUGUUGCAAGAAAUUUUUUCCAUAAGUUCAAACUUUCAUACACACACACACAGUAGUGCCUUAUGGUUUCUCAACAUUCAAGCUUGAGUCUCCUCAUCAGUGUUGCGCAUGAAGUUUCAGUGGUACAUCUAUUCAAUACUGGAAAAGUACUGGAGGAAUAGAAUAGUGUUUUUGUGUGCGUGUAUGCUGUUUUGCAAUGUCAGCAGAUGAAAACGAAAAGUUUGUUCAUGAUGUGUUUCCAGCCUAGGAAUUCUUAGUUUUAUUGUUUUUGACUGCUCAUUGCUUAAAGGACUUGAGCGUGGCAGUAAGGUAGGUGUGCCAUCAUUGACCCUACAUGCAUGAGAAGCAUUCAAACUUUUGUGCAAUAGCUCAUUAACAUCCACAUUUCUGAAGAAUCUCAGUGCCUUAAUGGUUGACUACCACAGAUUCUAUCGUGCUAGGCAUUCUGCUGUUCAGCACACCUGCCUUAAGGUUGGUCACAAGUUAUGUAAUGUUGUUCCAUUUUCCAGUGUUUUCAGCUGGCAAGCUAGGCAUAGCUUAGCAGUUUGCAAUACAGGUUUUAUUCGUUGGCUAUAACUUUUUUUGUAUGCAUGAGCUUUGUUGUGUAUCAUCUCCCUUCUUAUGUUUUGUUAAGGGCAGAGUCUACUCAUGUUUUUCAAUUUUUCACUCUUGAGUCGGGAAGGCCCUACCCCCAAAUAUGCUCCUCCCGGCGUGCACUGGUCCAAACUGGUACCUAUGCAUUUUUCACCAUGCUACUUAAGUUAUUUCUGUACAUAAUGUGCCGAUUUUAAUUUCAACUUUUGUUGUUUUUGUUGUUCAACACAUCCCCUCCUGUGCACUUCUCUGGCACUUGUUCUCAUAUCUGAGGUAGUGACAGAGCGCCAAGAGGCGAGUUCAUCUGAACAGCUGUGACUCUGAGGUUGUGAUCAGGAUGCAGAGUGCUGCUGUCGGGUGUGUUCCCCCUCCUUCCCCCCCCCCCCCUUUUGAAAGCACAUCUUGACGACAUGGCAGCUGAGCUUUUGUUCCAAUUUCUUUCCCUUGCAGCUAGGCUCUCUGCAUAUUUCUUUUGGCAGCUGAAAGAGUGAAAGUUGUGCAUAUACCAUCUGUGCCGCUCGUUAGAAGAAAAAAAUUCUACCUCUUAAGUCAGCUUUGGGAAUACCUUUACAUGUUCCCUUCUGCUCCUUGUGCUGUAAAAGCAGUGGAAUAACCUCUGGCACAGUGUUGAACCUGCUGGCAUUUUUGCCAGAGCUGCACUUCAUAGGGCCCGUACCAGCUGCAACUGGAGAAAGGUUUAAUUGCCUGUCGCACAGCAUUUGUUAGUGGCACGGAUCUCUGCAUCUUGCAGUGCGAGUAGGAAAAAGGCUUUGCUGACUGGCACUGCUCCUUGCAUUGGGGGCUGUUUUUGCAGAUGUACAUUUAUGUCCUUUAUUACCCAGCAAAACUACUUAAUUGUGCAUCUUUGUUUCAUUUCUUUUUGGUGGCAUGGGCAUUGUCCAAGUGUUUUUGAGAUUGUAGCUAUUCCGCCCCCCCCCCCCCUUUUUUCCCCAAUAUUUUCAUGCGCUACUUGCCAGUUCAAACAUUCGUCUUCUGAAUUUGUGCUCCACAGUGAGCUUUUCAUUUUUAGUGCUGCCGUGAGUAAAGAAUCUCAUUUUCAAACAGGUCCGGACAACUUGUUUUCCAUUCUUGACAUGUGAAAAAGAGGUUAAAAAUGUGCCAAGUUUCAUAAGUGGACCACCUCAUAGUGCAUUCAGUUUGCACGUGCAAAAUUUCUGCAAGUGCCAAAGCAGCCUCGCCAUUCUUUCACAUGCCUAAGUUUGGUGGUACCACCAUGGACAUUUUCCCCCCGUUCUUCUUGUUAUUCAAUAUUUUUUUGCUUGAAUCAAAUUUCGAUUCUAUCUUCCAAGUAGAAGGCACUGGUGAUGCCUUUUGGCUAAAUACUGAGCAUUUAUUCAAUUGACAUUAUUUUUCCGAUACUGUGUACUUAAUAAAGGCUUACACAAGAAUGUGAGUGUGCCUGCAGCCCAGGCUCAAGUUGCUUUGUCUUUGCACUUGGAUUUGCACUAUGCACACUUUUGUUUUCCGCUUUCUUGCGGCUCUAAGCACAACAGCUUCAAGAAUGAGCAUCCAUACCUUUCGGAAGGUUUUGUAUGUUUUCAUUAUUGUGUACUUAAUUUCAUUGUCUCAUAGCAAUAAAACAAGAAUUCUCAUUUUCCCCCCCUC